AAAAAAACAGUUUUUUGUCUUUGCUUACUUUGUGAUGUCGUCGUCUACUAACGCGUACGGGUAUCGUCUUUUUUAAAGUUUUAUCAAGAUUCCCGGACUAAUUUGGUGAACGUGAUAAUUUCAUAGUAGCCUAUGAAUCGGACAGUGAUUUAUUCUAAAAUUUGUUUAGUGUUGGACACAGUUUUGUGAUUAAGUUUCUAAUUUUAGUCAUCCCUAGUGGGAUUGUUUGGCAAAAUGAUGACCGAAAAUAGAAUUAGUUCAACUAAUCACGUCGGAAAUAGUUUAUCUAAUCAGAACAAGGGAGAUGUCGAUAAAACUAUCGACGACAUCGGUUGGAAAUCAAAAUUAAAAAUACCCCCAAAAGACAGAAGAAUAAAAACCAGUGAUGUGACAGAUACUAGAGGUAAUGAGUUUGAGGAAUUUUGUUUAAAAAGAGAAUUGCUGAUGGGUAUUUUUGAAAAGGGUUGGGAGAAACCUUCCCCUAUUCAAGAGGCUUCAAUCCCAAUUGCACUUAGUGGUAAAGAUGUACUUGCAAGAGCCAAAAAUGGAACUGGCAAAACUGGUGCAUAUUGUAUUCCAGUUUUAGAGCAGGUUGAUCCUAAAAAAGAUGUAAUACAAGCUUUAAUUGUUGUACCAACAAGGGAGUUAGCACUUCAAACAUCACAAAUUUGCAUUGAACUGGCAAAGCACACAGACAUUCGCGUAAUGGUUACUACAGGAGGCACCAACCUCAGAGAUGAUAUUAUGCGUAUAUAUCAAAAUGUUCAAGUUAUAAUUGCUACGCCAGGUCGUAUGAUUGAUCUCAUGGAUAAACAGGUUGCUAAAAUGGACCACUGCAGAAUGUUGGUUCUAGAUGAGGCUGAUAAACUCCUUUCUCAAGACUUUAAAGGCAUGUUGGACAUGGUCAUCUCACGGUUACCCAAAGAACGCCAGAUAUUGCUGUUCUCUGCCACUUUUCCACUAAGUGUGAAACAAUUUAUGGAAAAGCACUUGAGAGAACCUUAUGAGAUUAAUCUCAUGGAGGAGUUAACAUUGAAAGGUGUCACACAAUAUUAUGCAUUUGUACAAGAGAGACAAAAAGUUCACUGCUUAAAUACACUUUUUUCAAAGUUACAAAUUAACCAGUCUAUAAUAUUCUGCAAUUCCACUCAGCGUGUAGAAUUACUUGCGAAGAAAAUAACAGAGUUGGGAUAUUGUUGUUAUUAUAUACAUGCGCGCAUGGCGCAGGCACAUCGCAAUCGCGUCUUCCAUGAUUUUCGCGCAGGGCUGUGCCGUAACUUAGUGUGCUCUGAUUUGUUCACUAGAGGUAUAGAUGUGCAGGCCGUCAAUGUCGUUAUUAACUUCGAUUUCCCUCGUAUGGCAGAGACUUAUCUCCAUCGCAUUGGUCGCUCUGGGCGGUUCGGCCACUUAGGUAUUGCGAUCAAUCUAAUCACAUACGAGGAUCGAUUUGCACUGCACCGUAUAGAGCAGGAGUUGGGCACGGAGAUCAAGCCUAUUCCAAAGGUGAUCGACCCGGCGCUGUAUGUGGCGCGCCCUGACGAAGACGACUCGGCCGACAAGUAACGCCGUGUUGCCGCAGUGUUCACUCGCACACACUCUGUGCCCUCUACAUCUAUCUGGACUUGCUGACUGGUGAAAGUAAUAAAAUUAUAAACAACAAAAACAAACUUUAUUUGUAAAAAGUGUAAUGAAUUUAUUGUAACAAAAUGUGCGUGUAAAUAGUUAUCGUGAAAUAAGACUUUUGACCCUGAAUAGGGUUACUUUUUUAAAGUGUAUAUAAAACAUUGGGACUUAAAAAGGAUAUUUGCGCUCUUUGUCCAUAUUGGAUACUGUGUGUGGAUUCCUCCAUUGUUAAAACAUAAAAUAUUUAUCUGAAUCUGAAUACGAACAAAGUCUACCUAAAUUUGUCCAAGAUCUUAACAUAAAUUGUGGUAGACUUGCUAUAUAUAUCUAUAUAUAUAAAUAUGUACUUUCUACCCAUAUUAUGAAUAUACUUGAGCUAGCGCAAUUUUAAUUUUACUCUUACUAAAAACACUGCAUUCCGUUAUAUGGGUAGAUUUAUAAGUCUAGCUCAAACAAAUAACAUUUAACAAUUCGUAUGUUCAUUGCAGCGUCAAGGACAUUGUUUCUAGCCGCUUGAGAUAAUGUCCAAUUACUUCAAGCCGUAUUUAUUGUAACUGUGUAUAUCCUAUAAGUUAACUUUGGAAAAUAAAUUAGAUGACUGAUGUAAAUUGUUCGUUUGUGUGAAUGAUUAUAGUAAUAUCUGUAUAUAAUUUAACAUAAGUUAACUUAUAGUGAUGAUUCGGUUUAAUAGUUUUAACAAUUAUUUUUUUGUUAAAUCUAAAAGCGGUUUUUGUCACAGUUUUGGCAUAACUAGUAUGAUGAUUCUGGUGGGAUUGGUUUAGAACUUUAGAGAAUAAAGAAGAAAUAAAUAUAUUUUAUAGUUAAUUUUUCUUGUUCACAAGUCAGAUUUUCUACAUUACCCUCGUGAACAAAUGGGUAGCCCACCAAAUCUAAAUACGAAGAAUUAGUAACGUCUUUUUUUUAAUAAAAUUUUGAAUAAACUGUGACUUUUAACAAGGCAGGGGAAUGAACUAUACUGUUACGGCUUGCAGAUAUGGGUCAUUGCUUUGUCUGGACUAUUUAUGUUAGAGAGCCAAUAAUUUCCAUUAUUUAAAACUCAAUUUUGCUCUCUGGGGAGGGGGGAGGGGGGGACUAAAAGUAUUAGGGAUGUCAAGUGAAGAGUUUUUGGUCGCGUCUUAAUAGUGCUGAUUUUCGUACAUGGCCAACGUUUUAAUGGUUUAUUUACUUUCGUGACCUGCUUAUGUAUUUAAUUUGUAAAUCCUUCUGCAAUACUAAAGUGUGUGAUCUCUGAUUAGUUACCGUAAAUGUGCUAACUGAUUUUUAACUACAAACAUCACAAAAUCUCAUGAAAGAAUAUGUUUACAGAUCAAUUUUGUAACAAUAGUGCUUAGUAUAAAUGUAAUUUGUUAGAGAACGAAUUGGAAAACAUUAAUUUUUUCUAUACACUUUCUACAUUAAUUUUGUAUAUUAAAGACCUUUAGGCUAUUUCCAAGGGAUAAAGUUUUAUAUGAUCCUUGUUCCCUAGACCUGGCUUAUUACAAAAUGAUUGCAAAAGGAAGUGUAUGUAAGUUAAAUGCAACGAUAUAUUUUAUUAGUUAUUUGAAUUGACCAACGUACGACAAUGUAACAAUUGUUAAUAAUGUAUUAAUAUUUUCCACAUAGAUUAGUAAAAAUAUAGAUGAAAAUGAAAGUUAAAAUGAAGUAAUAGCAAUGGCUACAAAUUGCGUUGUUUAAAAAAAUAUCUGUGCAAAUUAAUCUUAUCACUUAUGUACAAAAUAUGAAAAUUAUUCUCUAUAAGUGGUGAACGUCGAAAGUGACGGACUGACACUGCGUAUAUCUGUGAUAUGUAUAGUUUCAUGAUUAUUUCAUAGCUAAAUUAGAUGAGAUUUUCUAGAUCUCAAUGUAAUCUUGUGGAAAUUGAGAUGAAAGGAAGAAAAUCUUGGAACAUUUUUUGGACUCGAUAACUACUGAAAAUAUAUCAACAAUAAAUAAAUACUUGCCAACUGAGAUUGAUAAGCUGUUUGGGUGAUAAUGAUAACGAAAAAUCUUAUUAAAUUGUACCUAUUAUAAUUUUGUUGCUUUACAUUCAUAGUGUGAAAAAUUGUGAUAAUUAAUAGUACUUUAAUUUAUACGCUUCUUACAAAACGAAUCAUAAGUAUUUCCGGGCCACUUUAGAAUGUCAGCCGUGUUAAUAUAAUAUUGCUCAUUUACUGUAUACCCAUUAGAUUGUUAAAAAUGUAUAAUUUUAUUAUACGUUACAGAGUACUACUAUAUUUUUAUAAUUAAAUGAAAAUAGCAAAUAUAUGAGAGACUUCUGACCUUAUUGGUGAUAAUUGUAUAUGUGAUGUUGUCAAAAGGUUGAAAACAAUAAAGAUUUUUGCUAUUUCAUAAGUACAGUCUAUUGGAGGCAAGAUAUAAACUCGACUGAUUUUCUCAAAAGCCCUGUUGUAAAUUGUAUUAGACAUAUACUUUAGGCGUAUAUUUUACAGGUAUUUCUUUAGGAUGCCAACCUAUUGAGUAAUCCAAAUUUUUGUUAUAAUAGUGAAUCCACUUUGUCACGAAGUACUUAUUUGUGUUAACAUAAAUUCAUAAACAUUAAUUAUUAAGUAAGAGUAUUACUUAUUCAUUAUUGCAUAUAAUUAUUUUAAUUAAAUUAUAAUUUUAGUUAUGGUACUGAUAUUUUAGAUACAUUAUGCUGAUUUGCUAUGAAAAUACUAGCUGAACUAAUGUAAAAUGGGUCAUGCAAUAGGCCACAAUCUGAAUGCAAUAACCUUUUAUAAAUAUUUUUGUUGCUAUUGUUUUUUUGGCGUGUGUUGGACAAUACUGAGCAGUGUAUAAGUAUUUGUGUUUCCACCUAGUUACGUCAAUUAAUUCGUUUACAAGGUAAUUAAAGUUAAACACUUAAUUCAAGUACGCGUUAUUAAAACAAACCUGUUUAUUAGUGAAAACUUGCACUUAUAAGAAAUACCUGUAAAUAGUACUUUUUUUUAUACAAUUGAUUUAUAA